GUUGACCCGAACAUCCAAUCCAUCAACUGGUAGCUUUUUCGUAGCUGUUUUAUAACGUUUAAAAGUUCUGAUCCACGACACAAUUCUACUGACCAACAUGAAGCUGAUCUGUGCCGGUCUGCCCAAGACGGGAACCAAAUCCCUCGCCCGUGCACUGCGAAUUCUAGACUACGAAGUGUACGAUUUUGAUGAAAACGUUUUGUACUAUAUGAAAGAGUGGUUAGAUUUCUUCAAACAUGGUAGGGAACCCGACUUCUAUGCCAUGUUUAAAGAUGUAGACGCUGUGGUCGGUAGCCCGUCCCAGUUUCUCUUUGAAGAACUGAUGGAAGCAUUUCCUGACGCUAAAGUAAUUCUUUCUAUGCGAGAAGAUGAAGACACUUGGAUCAGAAGUUAUAAAAAACACAACGAAAUUAUGGAGAAUUCCCUCAUAAUGAAGAUAAAAUGUUUGCUUCCAACAUUAAAUAAAGUUUGGUUAAUUAUUGGUAAGUCAAGAAUGGCAAACGUAGGGACUCUUGAUCCAAAAUCAUCAUACAUCUGUCGCAAGCGAUAUCGCUGUCACAACGAUCGAGUCAAGUCUGUAGUUCCUGCAGACAAGCUGCUUGUCUACAGUGUUAAACAAGGAUGGGAACCAUUGUGUGAGUUUACUGGCAAGAAGACCCCAGACCAGCCAUUUCCACAUUUGAAUGUCUCAGGAGAAUUUUUGCCCUUUCUCUUAAACGAAACCGAGUUGGGGAGGAAAAUAGCACGAGAAGUUAGAGUUGUAAAGGUGUGUUGUGUAGCGGUGAUCGUGGCUAUGAUUGGUGUGGUUAUGAUCUACUUGUUUGCACUUUUUUAAUGGACUUAAUCGAGGCAAGCUAUUUGGAUAAAGAUAGUAUAAAAUUUGAAAAAAUUGGAAUUCUUGUUAUUUUUAGACCAUCGUAGAUAGCCAAAUAGUUCCCUGACUUCGUGACACGAUCAUUUAUUAGAGGGGCAUUGGGAGGAUUAUUAAUUUUCAUGCAAGCUAAAAGGGAGAAUGACCAACUUGUGUUGUAAUUCAAACAUAAAUAUGUAUUUGGAAAUAUGUAUUUGAGAUGAACAUGAGUUAUAAUUCAAAAAGAAAUAUGUAUUUUAAAGUUAAUAGGUUGUACUG